AUGAGAGUUGACAAUGAGCAAGCUCCCGUCCACUCACAGCCCUGCUCCCAGCUGCCCCGCUUCAACUCCCCAUACUACCCCUACGGUAACUACCAAUCGAAUGUUACCAACACCUUGCCCAGCCAGCCCAGCCAGUCCCAGUACGUCAACUCGGCUGAGCUUCACAACAACGGCAACAACGAGGGCAACGGCAACGAUGAGGGCAACGGCGACGACAAGGGCAUCAGCAACAACAACUUCGGGGUGGGUGCCCCACCUCAGCCUCUCAUCGUCCCUGAAGCCCUCAAGCCCAACACUGCGGGCAACAGGGUGAAAAAGGCCGGGGGCAAGAAAACUGGCAACAAAAACGGCAGGAAGAUCGGCCAACGUGCCUGCGAUUCGUGCAGAAAGUCGCAUCUAACAUGCAAGACCGAGACGGGCGCCAAUUCUUGCAACCAAUGCUUGGAAAAGAAGACGCCUUGCAACCAGGGAUCGACAGCUGACAAACGCACGAAGAAAUCCAAUGAGCAAGGUUUGCUUAAUACUGUCGAUGCAUGUAAGAAGUACCUCAAAGAUCUUCUGAUUCUGAUCUUCGGCAUGCACGACGCGAAGCCGGAGAUAAAGCAGGGAAACAUGCCAUUCAUCAGGAAACUGCUAUCAAAAGACCAUCCCGAUCCCAGCUUCAUAGUUGAAUUCUUCACGACUAAGCCCCUGGAUGAGGUGACUGCCCAGGCUCGUGUUCGCCUGGAUGCGCUCGCCAAUCUGCAAUUGGACCUCGAAGGCAUUCACCGUGUUACCGAGAUGCGCAAACAUACAAAGCUGUGCAUCGAAAGAACCAGGGAGCAUGUCAUAACGUUGGGGCGAUACCUCCACGUCCUGAUGGAUGGUACAUACGAUGCUGAGAGCGUCGAUUUUUCCUUGGCGACUGUUGUUGGGUCGCCGGCCCCGUUCAGUCAGAUCGGCCAAGAGAUAAAGACCGGAUUCAGCCACUCUGAUAGCGGCAUUUAUGUCGACAGUCUCGUUGGCUGUUUCGACAGAAUGGUCGCAACCAUCUCGGGCAAGUAA